GAAUCCAAGACUGAGAAAGGCUAACUGAAGCUCUCUGGAUCACAUGUCCUUACAGGGAACACCAGAAAUCUGGUGGCUGACUGUCUUUGCUAUCACAUGCUACUAGUCCAGUGUUUAUCAUUUAAUUGAAUUGACCUCAAUUGAAUUGGAAAAAAAAAAUGGAGUUUUUGCUUUUCCUGGUUCUAUCAGCUCUCUUUAUAGAGUUCAAAACAGCAAGUAGAGGUAGAAACUAUGCAGCAAUGGAAAAUGAGGCUUUCAUUGUGGAGUGUCCCAGACGACAAAGGUCACCUGAGUUCCAGGUUUAUUGGACUCGCUUUGAAUCUAAUGAAAACAUUACUACUAGUAAAGACAAUCGGGUAUAUUCCUCUGGGGACAAACUCAAAUUUCUACCGACUUCAGUGAAUGACUCUGGAAUAUAUAAUUGCACUAUAAAAAGCAACCCCAAUAUUGUUGGAUAUGUGAAUGUGACGAUAUAUCCCAAACAGCAAGGUUGUAUUUUCCCCAAAAAUGUGCUAUAUACGAGCACAGAAGGAAGCAAUACAGGAUCAUGGAUUUAUUGUCCUAGAUAUGAAAGUUAUAAUAAAACAUCAAAUUUUGAAUGGUUUAAGGAUUGUAAAGCCCUUAAAGGACAAAAGUACUUUGUAAAGAAGGAUUAUCUGAUAAUUCAAAACACAACUGCUGCUGAUACAGGCAAUUAUACCUGUAAAUUCAUUCAUAGUGAAAAUGGAGUCAAUUAUAACGUGACUGCAACUCGGCCAUUGAUAUUUCAAGGUGAAAUUCGUUCAUCUAUGCUUCCAGAAAUCACUUACCCGGUGAACCAAAGUGUAAUAGGAGUGGAACUUGGAACCAAUGUGAGUAUAGCAUGUAAAGUUUGUUUGGGAAGAGGCUCACAAACGAUAGAAAUUGUCCGAUGGUGUAUUAAAGAUAAUAAGGACAAAGGUCAAUGCAUCAAGGAUUCCCGAUUUCAUGAGGAAAAGGAAGCCAAAAAUCCUAAGGAGAACCUUGCAUGUGAAACUGUCAAUUUAAGAAUACCCAAUGUGAAGAAAGAAGAUCUCUCAUUGGAAUUUUAUUGUAUGGGCUUGAAUCAGUAUGGAUGGAAAGCUCAUAGCAUAAGAAUCGGAAUUAAAAAAACAACUGAUCUCCGAAGCACCUAUUACUUGCUUGCAGGAUUUAGUAUAUUGUUAUUCUUACUCAUUAUAUUAAUAGUAAUAUUAAAAGUAUUCUGGAUUGAUUUUAUUCUGCUCUGGAGAGACAUAAUUAGACCUUCUAAAUCCAGGGAUGAUGGGAAGAUAUAUGAUGCUUAUAUCAUCUAUCCCAGAAACUACAAAAAGAGGACUAAGAGUGUUAAUUCUUUGGAAUAUUUUGUUCACCACAUUCUGCCUGAAGUUCUUGAAAAGAAAUGUGGAUAUACCUUGUGUAUCUAUGGAAGAGACCUACUUCCUGGAGAAGAUGCAGCCAAUGAAAUGGUAAAAUGCAUACAGAAAAGCAGAAGGCAAAUUAUCAUACUGAACCCCCAGGUGGAGCAUGGUGAAGAAUUUGCCUAUGAGCAAGAAAUCGCUUUACACUGUGCCUUGAUGCAGAAUGACUCCAAGGUGAUCCUUGUUGAAAUGGAGACAACUGGUGACACCAGUGACCUGCAGGAUUCUCUUAAGCACAUUAUUAAACAGAGAGGAACCAUCAAGUGGACAGGCGACCACGCCACCAAAAAGCAAUCAUUUAAUUCCAACUUCUGGAAACGAGUAAGGUACCAGAUGCCACUAAGAAGCAAAUCCUUAGGUCCACUUCACAGUGACUUGUGAAGAUCAGGACAUGGCUGAUGGCUUUCUCAGGAUCCUUUUGACAAAAAAAGCUUGCUUUUGUAGUUAAUGUGUCUUUAUAUUUCUUUUUUCUUCUUUUCAGUUAUUUUUCCAGAUUAAAUGUCAAUUAAAUUGCACAACUAGUUAUGUAAUUAAUUAAUUGUAAUCAUAACAAUUUUUAUAUUUGGGUUUUUUUUUUUACAUUUUGCUAUCCAUUUUAUUUUGGCUGUAAGUUGAUAUUUAAACCAGAAUAUGGAGAUAGGGAGACAGGAAUAAGCAAGGGGAUAGAGACAAACAUACUUUAAGAAAUCUGCCUUUGGGAGCUUUAAUUCCUCUGUCUUAACUUCUAGUCAGUGCAAACAGCUCAGAAAGUUUCCCAUUUUUUAUCUGCUUCUGCUCCACUUCCUUCUUUUGUCACACCCCUACACCCAGUGUGUAUGUAUGAGGGAACCCUCCUCUCUUUCCCACUUCCAAGUCUUAUUCAAGUUGCAGAAAUUACCAGUCACUGUAAUCUAUUGAAUCUAAUAAAAAGAACUGGACUAAUAUGGUACGGGUUGGGUUUUCAUCAGUGAUCAAGGUACUUCCCAGAAUACCAUCAUACCAAGAGUCUUUAAUAAAUAUUUAGAAAU